UUGCCCCCCUCCCCCCAAAAAAGUUGCUUCCAUUCUUCCCUUGUUCCGCCUCUGUUCCCUGAUUAAAGAUCCUGCUUUGGGCCGACUCGCACCCCCCCCAACUGCGAGGGACUUGGAUCUCCCCGGAUGGGCUCCUAAGCCUUUCAGGGGCGUCUUGAAUGAAAUCUAGAUAUCUCGCGCGUUACGCGAUGAAUCUUGUUUUGACGAACCUGGGGUGACGUUGAUGUAGUCUUUCGUGAGCUAGGAUUGACCAAAAUUUCUAACCGUGUUGAAUUUUCUGGAAUCUUUGGGGAUUUUAGGGCUUCGGUGCCGGAAAGCCUUCAUCUUUUUGAUUGGGGGGCAGUCGACGCGAAUUGAGAGCCAACCCAAGUCGCGUUCUGCGAAAUGAGCUGCUUUCCUUGUUUCUCGAAGAAGAACGUCGCUGAGGAGGAUCUUUCUCCGGUCGCACGUGUCGUCAAGGAUAAUGAGCUGAAGCCUGAUUUUCAGGCACAAAAACCCUCCAGAAAAGAAACUCAAGAUGUUGGAAAUGGAAAUAUUGCAGCACGGACAUUCACAUUCCGUGAGCUUGCUUCGGCGACCAAUAAUUUUCUACCUGAAUGCCUCUUGGGCGAAGGAGGAUUCGGUAGAGUUUACAAGGGUUCCCUUGAGAACACCGGGCAGAUUGUAGCUGUUAAACAGCUAGACAGGAAUGGCUUCCAAGGCAACAAAGAAUUUGUUGUUGAAGUGUUGAUGCUCAGUCUUCUGCAUCAUCAAAAUCUGGUCAAGCUUAUUGGAUACUGCGCCGAUGGUGAUCAAAGGCUUUUGGUCUAUGAAUAUAUGACCAUGGGCUCCUUGGAAGACCACCUUGUAGAUGUCUCAGCUAAUCAGAAACCUCUAAGCUGGUACACUAGGAUGAAGAUAGCAUAUGGUGCCGCUCAAGGUCUGGAGUACUUGCAUGAGAAGGCCAACCCACCUGUGAUCUUCCGCGAUCUUAAAUCAUCCAACAUUCUACUUGAUGAAGAUUUCAACGCAAAACUCUCGGAUUUCGGGCUUGCUAAGCUCGGUCCCAUGGGGGAUAAAGUCCAUGUUUCUUCCAGGGUGAUGGGCACAUAUGGCUACUGUGCACCUGAGUAUGCAAGAACAGGCCACCUUUCUUUGAAGUCAGAUGUCUACAGUUUCGGAGUGGUCAUGCUCGAGUUGAUCACGGGGAGGAGGGCGAUCGACACAAGCAAGCCAACGAACGAACAGAACCUCGUUGCUUGGGCGUUGCCCAUGUUUAGAGACCAGAAGAGGUUCCAUGAGCUGGUUGAUCCACUUCUACAAGGUGACUAUCCGGCGAAGGGCUUGAGCCAAGCAGUUGCUGUCGCUGCGAUGUGUCUCCAAGAAGAGGCUUCAGUUCGCCCGUUGAUGGCUGAUGUAGUUAUGACACUAAGCUUUCUUACGGAGGAAGUAGUCCCUGCGUCAUCAUUCGGCUUCCCACCACCAGAAGAUAGUACAAAGUAAUCCGGUCAAAGCUGAUGAGAAAUUGCGCCGAGGAUUGGGAUUGGAGACCAUGGGAGUGGUGUUCUUCCGAAUCAAGGCAUUAGCAUGAGUCCUACAAUGAGAAAGUGAGCUGUGGUAUGGAUUUCUCAAGCUUGCUACUUUUGUCUGUGUUCAUAACCUCUCUCUUUCACCAUAUGUAACACGAGAGAGCAUAUAUAAGAUUUCAGGGUAUGUGUGGCAAAUCAUGACUCUCUAAUGCACCUUCCUUGUUGGAUCUCUAAAUAGCCAUAAAACCAGGAAGACACUUGUAUUAGGCUCUGUGAGUGACCAUCAACAGAGAGAGUGAUGGCGACAGGUGAUUUAAAUUAGUCCUCCAGAUGAAAAUACUAAAUUGGGAUCAACCUGUUGCACUAUGCUGCUACAAUAUUCUGAAGCAAUGAA